AUGACUAGUAUUGCAAAAUUAUUUGAUGGAUAUAUCGUGAAUAAAUCAAACGAAAAUGUUUAUCUUUCUGAUGAGAAAUAUAAGGGUAAAGUCUUUGGACUUUAUUUCAGUGCACAUUGGUGUCCGCCAUGUCGUGGUUUUACUCCUAUGCUAAUUGAAUUUUACAAAAAUCAUGGUAAAGAAAAAAACUUUGAAAUUAUAUUUAUCAGUUCGGAUCGUGACGAAAAAGCAUUUAAUGAAUACUUUAAAGAAAUGCCUUGGUUGACAUUACGUUAUAGCGAACGAAAGAAAAAGGAAGAAUUAGGAAAAAGAUUUCAUAUUACUGGUAUUCCAACAUUAAUGUUACUUGAUGGAGACUCAGGAGAUGUUAUUUGUAAAGAUGCAAGGGAUAAUAUUCAACAUAGAGAUACACGUGGUGAUUUUUUUCCAUGGAAAUCAUAA